AUGAGCGUUCCUUUUUUCCUGGCUGCUGCCCUCCAUGCCCGCCCGCUCUCCGGCCGUAGCUGUCCUGGGGCCAUGGAGGACACGUCCAACCCAAAGCCAACGCCGAGCAAGGACUCCCUGAGGCCACAGGAGCCUCCUGCCAGCUUCAUCAGCUUGGAGGAGCAGGAGCCCGCAGAGCUGAGCCCCAGGGAGCUCAUGGUGCAGGGAGCCCGCGGUGYCUGCAGCUGCAGCCGCCCCGCGCUCGGCCGUGCCCUGCGCCGCCUGUUCCCCGUGCUGGACUGGCUGCCCCACUACGAUCCCCGUGCCCAGCUCCUCGGGGACGUGGUCUCAGGGCUCCUGGUGGGCAUCGUGGCCAUCCCUCAGUCCAUCUCCUACUCCAUCCUGGCCAACCAGGACCCCAUCUACGGCAUCUAYACCAACUUCUUCUGCAACAUCAUCUACGCGGCCACGGCCACAUCGCGCCACGCCUGCGUGGGUUCCUUCGGGGUGCUGUGCCUCAUGGUGGGGCAGUCGGUGUCACGGCACCUGCAGAUGGCAGGGUAUGGGGACAGCGCUGCCCUCGGGGCCAACUCCAGCUCUGCCAGGAACGGGACAGAGGCCUGUGACAGGAGCUGCUAUGCCAUCACCGUGGCGCUCUCCUUGAGCUUUCUGGUCGGGCUGUACCAGAUCCUGCUGGGGGUUUUCCAGCUGGGCUUUGUGGCUGUCUACCUGUCAGAGCCUCUCCUGGGUGGCUUCGUGACCGGCUCCAGCCUCACCAUCAUCACCUCGCAGAUGAAGCACCUGCUGGGUCUGAAGAUCCCUCGGCAUGAGGGCGUGGGCUCCUUCAUCCUCACCUGGCUGGACCUGUUCAGGCACAUCGGCCACACCAACAUCUGYGACCUGCUCACCAGCCUGGUGGCCCUGGCUGUCAUCGUGCCCGUCAAGGAGCUCAACGAGCGCUACAAGGAGCGCAUGAAGGCCCCGUUCCCCAUCGAGCUGCUGGUGGUCAUCGUGGCCACGGCCAUCUCGCACUGCUUCGACUUCGAGCGGCGCUACGCGGCCGCCGUGUGCGGGGACAUCCCCACGGGCUUCAGGAGGCCCACCCUGCCAGAUGCCAGCCUGUUCCCCAGCCUGGCCGUGGAYGCCGUGCCCAUCGCCGUCAUCGGCUUCGCCAUGACCGUGUCCCUGGCGGAAAUCUUCGGCAAGAAGCACGGCUACGCCGUCCGCGCCAACCAGGAGAUGAUCGCCAUCGGCCUGUGCAACCUGCUGCCUUCCUUCUUCUACUGCUUCGCCAGCUCCGCCGCGCUGAGCAAGACCCUGCUCAAGGAGUCCACGGGGAGCCAGACGCAGCUCUCGGGGCUGGUCACCUCGCUGGUGCUGCUGCUGGUGCUGCUGUGGAUCUCCCCGCUCUUCUACUCRCUGCAAACCUCCAUCCUGGGCGUGGUGACCAUCGUCAACCUGCGGGGAGGGCUGAGGAAGCUGUGUGAUGCCCCGCGGCUGUGGCGGCUCAGCAAGCUGGACGCGGCCGUGUGGUGGGUGACSCUGCUGUGCUCCACGCUGCUCAGCACCGAGCUGGGGCUGCUGCUGGGUGUUUGUUUCGCCCUGCUCUGCCUGGUGCUCCGCACGCAGAGACCGCGGGCCACGCUCCUGGGCAGGGUCAGCGGCUCGGAGCUCUACGAGGACCAGGCUGCCUACAAAGGGCUGGGCAGCAUCGCCAACGUCAAAAUCUUCCCCUUUGAGAGCUCCCUCCAUUACGCCAAUAAGGACUAUUUCAGGACUGUUCUGUCGCAGAGAACAGGGGUCGAUCCUGUCCUGCACUCGAGGGAGGGGUCCCAGGCGCACCCAGACACAGCCAGCAGCGUGGGUUUUUGUGGUGCCGUUUUUGGGUGCCCGAAGCAGGCGCAGGGCAGGGCUGAGCAGGCUCCUGGUGCCUGUCCUCCAUCCCCAGACAUGCACACCCUGAUCCUGGACUGCGGGGCCAUGCAGUUCAUCGACACRGCGGGGCUCUCGGUGCUCAAGGAGACGCUCAGUGACUACGGCAAGGUCGGGGUGCGGGUGCUCCUGGCCAACUGCAACCCCUCGGUGCGCCGGCGGCUGCGGGAGGGCGGCUGGGCCGGCCAGGGGGGCAGCGAGGGGGGACCACCGCCCUUCCACUGCAUCCACGAUGCCGUGCGCUUCGCCCAGCAAAGCGCGGACAAACAGGAGGCUGGCCCGGCCCCGGGGGACCUCAACUUCCAGGCGUGUCUGUAG